GUUGCAUACGGUCUCUAAAACUUUUCAGCAGAGAACAAAAUGAUUCCAGCUAAAACCGAGACGGAAGCUCCGUGCAUUAAAGAUCCCAAGGAGAUUGAAGCAAAACCUGCUGAAAACAUGGAAAUUAUUCAUAAAACGAUCGUGGAGGAUAAAAAGCACAAAGAUCCCAAGGAGAUUGAAGCAAAACCUGCUGAAGCCAUGGAAAGUGCUGCUAAAAUGUUCGUGAAGGAUAAAAAGCAUAUGGAGCAAAUGUUGGCUCUUUCCACGAUUCCACUGCGCAUGGACCAACAAAUCCAGUGCAUCAAGACAAUUCAGCAGGAGCUGCUUAAGCUUCACCUGAAGCAGGUGAUGCUCCUCGACGGCUGCACCGAAUUACUACAUGAACUAAAGGCCGUGCAGCCCACUGAUGAGAACGAGGAGAUAAAAGUGUUGGAAACAUUUCGUGAGGUCAAGUCGAAGCUAUCGGGUGUAUUUGAACACUACCUUCCCGCCCAGCUGAGCAUACUGAAGCAAGAAUCGAAGAUAUCACAAGUGUCCGCCGAAAUAAUUCCAAAAUAAUUUUAUUACAUCGAUUUAUAAGUUUAAAUAUAAAAUCGUUAAGGGUUCAAUAUCUUAGCC